AUGUCGGUUGCGAGCAAGAACCCGUUCCAGCUGCUCGGCGAUGACGGCUCGGAGGUUGCCCCGGCCGCUGCCCCGGCCGCUGCCCCCGCAGCCCCGCAGGCAAAGGAGCAGCGCACGGUGCCUGGUGCGCCGCGUGCUCCCAAGACGGAUGCGGCCGAGGAGCCGCGCCCCCGCGGUGACCGUGGUGGCCGCGGCCGCGGCGAGCGUGGCCGUGGUGGUGAGCGCGGCGGCCGUGGCCGCGGCGGCAAGCCCGGCCGUGGCCGUCCUUUCGACCGUCACUCGGGCACCGGCCGCGAGGACACUGAGAAGUCGCAGCGCCUCGGCCAGGGCGGCCUCGACGGCACGAACGCCGUGAAGAACGAGGAGGGCGCCAAGGAGGACGCCAAGGUGGACGCCAAGGAGGCCGUCAAGGAGGACAAGGCCGACGCGGCCGCUGCCCGUGCCGCCGAGGAGGAGGAGGAGGAGAAGACCCUCACCCUUGACCAGUACCUCGAGGCCCAGAAGGAGAAGCGCGCGCAGCUCGGCGCCACCGCUCCCCGUCCCGUCGAGGCCGACGAGCAGAGCUACGGCCAGAAGCUCGAGAAGUCCGAGGGCGAGGCCUACUUUGCGGGUGGCGGCGGCAAGAAGACCGCUGCGCCGAAGACGCACAAGGCCAAGCAGACCAUCGAAUUUGAGCCGGUCUACGAGCAGCCCGGUGCGAACCGCGGCGGCUCGGACCGUGGCCGCGGUGGUGCCCGCGGCCGCGGUGAGCGCGGCCGUGGCGGUGCCCGCGGCCGUGGCGACCGUGGUGGCCGCGCCGAGCGCGGCCGUGGCGCCCUCGCGCGCCCCGCGGCGGACGAGUCGGCGUUCCCGUCGCUGGGUUAA